UUUUUAAAAAAAUGUGCCCAUAAAAAAAUCCACUUCCUUUUCCUGCUUAGUUGUUUGUUAUCACGAACUUAAUGGGAAGAUUUGUACACUAGUAUCCUACUAUCUAUAACAUUGAAGACAGAAUAGAAUCAACGAAACGGCUGACCUUUCAACACAUAUGUUACAACUGUUGAUAAGCAUCUGGCUAGUCAUGCAGGUAACGUUAGGUUUGACAUCAGAAACGACUAAUAAAGAAUGCAUAAUUAACAUAGAUGACUUGCCACAUUGGCCAAAUGUCUUGAAACACUGUGGAUUACUUCAAAGUAUUCACCACCACAACGAUACAAUUCUACUCUCCAUUGCUGUUGAAUCUUACGAACUAGGCACCCUGUGUUUGAAGUGCGGUGACGACCGCAUGCACGGCAGCUUCAACCUUAGCGCCGAUUUCGAAUCUGCACUUAAUCUCGUUGCUGAGUCCAUGAAGGUUAAAAUGGUGGGCCCAGAUCGAGAGUGUGUCAGAGGCUGGCUGAGGUUCCCGUGGCCCACGAAGGAACUUAAAAUUCUCCUAUGCACAAAAAGAGAUCCGGUUCAAUUCUUCGGAAAGAAAGGUCAAUACUUGUGUCACUGUCUUCAUGGGGGCUGCACGUGUCCGUCACGUGGGGGUGUCUGGUGCUCGAUAAAUUGGUUUGGACAAAACUGUCAAUAUAGAGACAUGUCUGCAAUGAGCCUGUCUACUCACGAAGAACUCAGCGACAAUGACGACAGCACGUGCGUCAGCCUCGAGCCUCCUAGCUUGUCUUACACGUUCCUGAAUCCUAUUCUGUUCACGUGGUUGAGAAUUGUUCACUUUGAAGAACUGGACUCUCAGGAUUUAAACCCGCUUAGCUUGGAACUGAUGUAUGACGAUCAGAUAUUGCCGUGCAACAGGCGCAGGGUACUCAAGGUGGACAACUGGACAGAGGACAUACUUUGUACUGGUCAGCGAGUCACAGACAUUUUACUCACGUGGCCCUCGCCCAGACAUGUUUGCACCGUAUACAUCAACGGUGAUCGUAAUGUGGCCUUGAAGCAAUCAGUCGUCUUUAACGACAACACUGAAACGGAAGUGGUGGUGGAUGGUAUUUCUGAUGUUUUGACUUCCUGUGUCCAUAGCAGCUUCACAAACCCUAUGUGGACAUUGACCUUUGACCAAUCAAAACUUGUGCACGAAGUUCUCGUUACUUUGUCAAAAGAGAAUACUGAGGUAAACACGUUUUUCGCGAAGCUUAUCGGAGUGGACAACAAAGUAUUAAGUCAAGAAACUCUAAAAAAGACAGAGGAAUCGCCACAUGUUUUCAGCAUGCUCUACACAAGGCCUUUUGAAGUCAAAACGAUCAUAAUACUCACUACGGGCAUAUCGUCGCCCUUGACCUUGUGUGAGCUGGAGAUUUUUGGUGACUGUGCGCCUCCAUACUUUGGCAUUGACUGCGACAUGGUCUGCUCUGAGAGCUGUCUACACCAGAGAUGUAAUCUGGAGGGCAAGUGUCUGGCCUGCCAAGGAUCUAAAGCGGGAGAUCUGUGUCUAGAGGUACGGCAAAAGCACGGUGCAUCCUUCAACUUCUGCCACUGUUUACACUGUGACCAUGACAUGAGCUGCAAGAAGGGUUCUCACUGUGUCCGAGGUUGGUUUGGAGACUACUGUGAGUACAAAGAUCUCGCCGUCAACGCAAGUUCCAUCCACGAAGAGCUAUCAGACAACAGUGACAUGACGUGCGUCAGACCUGUGAAAAAUUUUGUCACUGUGACCUUUGAAGAACUUAUGCAAAUCAACUGGGUUAGGGCCACAUUUACCGAACCAGCUGAAGGGUUGGAGAUGGCGCUUUACUCUAAAAACCCUGUGAUUGAUGAGCCGCUGUGGUGCAAGAGGAUGCGGGUGCUGAAUAAGAUGGACGCCACUAACCUUCACAUCUACGACAUCAAUUGCGGCGCUCGGAUUUUCAUGAAAGUCCUGCAACUCGCUUGGAAGAGUAAUGCAUCCAUCUGUUCCUUUCAUGUCUAUGGAGGCAGGAAUAUGGCGGCUCUAGGUCAGGUAUGGUUGACCAAUCCCGGUGGCGAUACGAAUGUGACAGCCAGGCAAGUGAUUGACGGACUCAUCGAUGAGGACAGGUGUGUGGGUCUCAGUGGGGAUGAGUCAAAGUUUUUGACCCUGUCCUUCUCUGCCCCAGUACAGCUCUUCCAAUUGAACCUCUACCUAGCAUCUUACAGCCAUGGUCUGACGACGGACACCAGGUCUGCGGUUUUAGAGAUCAACAGUGAGAAUGAAGCAGGGGAGAUGAUUGACUCCAAGAUUCUCCCACUUCCGAACGACAACGUGCUGCCUCUGACAGAUCUCCCCAGGAUGGGCCUUCAAAAAAUGACGUUUGUCAUGAUCAAAGGGAAAGCAAAAUUUUGCGAGCUGGAAUUUAUAGGAGAAUGUGCCCCGCCUUACUACGGGCGCCAGUGCCGGCACAAGUGUGACGACGCCUGCGUCUACAAGACCUGUUACGCGGACGGCGCCUGCUGGCAGUGCCCGGAAGGAUCCACCGGCAGAGACUGCUCCAUGACUGCCCAGAUGAGGGUGAGCAAGCUGCUCCAGGAGGUGGUGGCGCACAUCGAUAAGGACAACAAAGGCGGAAGCAUCAUGAUGACUGUUAUUAUCGUCUGCCUGGUCAUCCUGGCCACCGUCGCAGUCUUCAUCUACCGCUACAUCAACAGAAGUCCGUCACCCAAACGUUCCAGUCUCUCAAGAACGCACUCUUCUUUGUCGAAUGAUUAAAACAAAACCAAAAAACUUGGAUUUAAAUUUUGCUAUGAUUGUAC